AUUAACUUGUCGAAUGAACUCAGUGCUUCGACAAGUUCAAAUGUGGAAAUAGAGUGCAUUUCUCCUCCUCUAGUGAUAUGAGCAGAGAGACCUAUGUCACGCUCGCCACCUGUGACACCUACUGCGUCGGAGCGCUGGUGUUGGGUGCAUCGCUCAGGCAGGUGCAGACGGCAAAACAGCUUACAAUCAUGGUGACCGCAAAUGUUAAUGAAAAAUGGAGACAGAUAUUAAGAAACACAUACGAUAACAUAGUUGAAGUGACUGACAUACGGAAUCGGUUUCCGUUAGCUUUUUACCCUGCAGAAAAGAAUGCAUGUUUCACAGAUUUUACAAAAAUUCAUUGCUGGAAUCUUGUUCAAUUUUCUAAAGCCGUUUACCUUGAUGCAGACACAAUGGUUCUUUACAACGUUGAUGAAUUGUUUGAGAGGGAGGAGCUGAGCGCCGCUCCAGAUCCAUCCUGGCCGGAUUGUUUCAACUCCGGCGUGUUUGUAUUCCAACCAAGCGUGGAUACAUUCCAAUCCUUGGAAAAAAUGGCAUCGGAAACCGGAAGCUUUGACGGCCGCGAUCAAGGGUUACUGAACACUUAUUUCUCUGAUUGGAUGAAUCGAGGAAGCAUGCGCCGUCUCCCCUACAUAUACAACUGUAUAUGUCGUAUCACAGAUGAACCUGUGCUGGAAUUCUACACAAGCCCUCCGGCGUGGGUACACUUUGGCGGCUCCAUUAGGGUGGCUCAUUUUGCCGGUCCAAUCAAGCCAUGGCACCGUCCUUCUGCAGCAAAGAAUUGCACCGCAACUGCCUGCACUGCGCUUCUGGCGGCCAGUCCUAACCGACGGUCAAUCUCCAGAACGUCGGGGAUGCUUGCCUACUGGUGGUCCUUAUUCCUCGUAUUCGUUCGUCCCCAUCUAACUUCUGAUAUGAUGCUUUUAAGCGCUCAGUCACCAUCUGGGGGAGAUUUCAUCUAUCCAUACAAACAGAACGGUAGCGCAGUCUGCGUGCCCUCAUCAGAUCAGACUUCAUACGCACCUUACCGUCCAUCAUUUAGCCAGUAUUACGCGCAAGACCCCGCGAGGUCUUUACCUUUGGACCCACAGGCUUUGAUACCCUAUCACCCGGAAUUUCAUGAAACUCGCUGGGAUUAUUUACAUCCGCGUCAGCGCAUUGAUUUAGAUAAUCGAUUCUUAGAGGAGCACUAUGUUCAAAAAACGGUUCACGUGCCAUUGCAGGCACUGUGCUCUUCACAGCGCGUACCACCAGGCAUCUCAGUGCAUGCUAGGCCACCACAGCAAGCAGCACAGAUACUGGAAGUGCCUCAUUCUUCAGACACUCCAUCGAUACCAACAAGUGGGCAGACAACAAUUCCGUGGACAGUGCUGACGCCGUCGAAACCUUCUACCGUAUCUGCCCCACCAUGCUUCGAAAGACAUGGCCUUCAGACUGAAGAUGUGGUACCUCAGCAAAUCGUUAAGUUGGAUCUACGUGGUCGGAGUCUCUCGGGAUCAGAUGAUAUGAUUCAGGGGCAAAUUUCCGCAGCUAAUUCACUGACAACACCUCCAUUAUAUACUAACUUCUCUCUAGACUGUCACAAAUGUCGAAAAGAGUUAGCCGAAGCUACUGGUAAGCAGGAUGCCUCAGCGAAAUUCACACACCGUGAACCCGAUAAACUCUUGUCUUUGCGACCAAGUGCACGGGUAAUCAGAAGAUCAAGAAAAGGUGUCAGUCAUCCGUCGGGAGAGCUGGAGACGUUCCGAGGUCGUUCAACAAUUUCCUCAGGACGUCCUGAUGGAAGACACAAGUCAACCUUAGGGUCUGUGACCAAAGGUUAUGAGCUGACCGUGAACAAAAAUAUGUCAUUAACUCUUGAUGGGCCAUCUGGAUCAAGCUCAGUCACCGCAUUCGGGGAGCAUAAGUUGGACGGAAACCUCCGAAAGGAUGCAAACACCGUCAGUGCUCGCCAAUGGAGCUCAGGUUGGACAGUAGGAGUUGGUGGCAGACCAGCACCCAAGUCCGCUCAUGCACCAGAAUCCGGUAUUCAGGAAGUACUUGACUUGGCGCUACUCACCACGACUAAGCAAGGAGAUACGUUACAUUUUCGUGAUAAGGCGAUCAGGAUGAAGGCUAGGGCGCGUAAAGCAUUUCCUUUGUUAGUUUCCAAACAGCAGUCACCUUCAUGGGAUCACAUUUCUCUUGGGCUCCGGAAAUCCAGAUCAACUCCUGGUGAUCUCCGGCGAGUUGGUGCUUUGAUUGAUGUGGAGGCGUUGCGACAUCCACCAGACAUUCAACGACAAUACGAUAUUCACAACAGACCCAUUAGUGAUUCAUACUUUGGACCCAACUCUUUACUGAGGCGAUCCAGAAGACGAACUAUCGCUCAACUCAGAAAAGUCAGAGAUAAGCGUCGCGAACACCGUUUCGAUGUGUGUAUGGCUGCAUCAUCCUGGGAGAACAUUGGGCGGGUGAAUGAGUUGCGUGAGCUAUUCGCUUCGGCACGACCAAACACGAUUGCAGCUGUCGGGAAUCUGGGACAGCAGAAGCUCCAAAGCAAAUUGUGUAUUCGCCAUGAAAGAAGUGAGCUGGAACGAAUGUACGCAUGGGAGAGGGGUGAAAUCGAUUACACUGGAGUGGACCGAUUUGCAAACAUUUUGGAAAAGUUAUGCGAUACCAUGACCAAGGCCGGUGGUGGCUCCAAUCUGCCCAUUGGUCUCGACAUCGGGCGAUGACUCUACAUACGGGAACAUGGCAUACUUGCUUUACCACCUCGGCACACAACAGAUGUGAAAAGCAAAUAAUCUUCCGGCCAUGUGGUACCUGUCUUCUUCUCCUUCCAUUUUUGACAAUACCUAACACAAGCCUUGGAUACCCAAUUGAUUCGAUUGACUACGAUUCGUGCACCACUCUACCCCAGGCACUGCAAGAAUGUACCAAUAAUAUGUUCCACGACGUUGCUCACCGAAAGAGCAACGGUCCAUUGAAUGCUCAUUUAAUUGCUGACAUGCAACCGACCGUCUUCUGAAGACCAUUUCGGACAUUGCCCAAACGACCAGCGCUACCUUGUCAACCUGCGCAAAUUUUCCAUCAUCCAAUUUUGCCAUAUUUACACUGAUUUCAGCCUUUGAACACCUUUGGCCUACGUUUUUUCUAACCUUUCAAAUUGCUUUCACUGAUUUGCUCAGUAUGCUUUAAAGAGGAAAUAUUUUGCAAGAUAGCCGUUUACUUUUGUAAUGUCUUCUUUCAUAGGGUUAACAAAGUGUGUAAUUAUUCCUUUUGGGGUGACCAAAUUGGUGCUGAAAGUACCUGCUUACAGAGGCAUCCUGUGACCUUCCUUCCCUUUUU